CUCUUGUUCAGUAUACAAUAAUAGGUAUGUGAAUUAUACAUGUACUAUGAAUAUCGUCUACUGAGUUAAAUGGGUGAAUGAGUGAUUGGAUAAAAUACCUGAGUAACCGAAUGAAUAACCGAAUGAAUAACUGAAUGAAUAACUGAGUGAAUAACUGAGCGGAUAACUGAGUGGAUAACUGAGUGGAUAACUGGGCGGAUAACUGAAGAAAUCAAUAAUUGAAUGAAAAUUUAAAUGGUGGAUUUAAACAGUGAUGAAUAUUCAUUCAGAUAAUGAUCUCGUACUAACAUUCUUUUAGUUCAAUAUGCCAAAAAAGAGAGCUUCCAACGGUAGAAAUAAGAAAGGUAGAGGUCACGUUAAACCAGUCAGAUGUUUAAACUGUGCUAGAUGUGUUCCAAAAGAUAAAGCCAUCAAAAGAGUCACCAUCAGAAACAUGGUUGAAGCUGCCGCUGUCAGAGAUUUAUCUGAAGCUUCCGUCUACUCUGAAUACGCUUUACCAAAAUUAUAUAACAAAUUACACUACUGUGUUUCCUGUGCUAUCCACGCCAGAAUUGUUAGAGUUAGAUCCAGAACUGACAGAAGAAUCAGAGCUCCUCCUCAAAGAAAAAGAUUCACCAGUGACAGAAAAGUUAACCCUGCUGAUGCUGCCAAAAAAGCUAACUAAAUAGUUUUGUAUUAAAUAUAAAGUCUUUGUAAUAACCUCCGUACAUUAUUUUGUUUGUGUGUUUAUGUAGCGACCUUCCGGCCCGUACAACAGGCUCUCGCCCUCCCUCCCUUUCAGCAGAACGAACUGAAUCACCGCCAUCCUCACCGGGAAUACAAAUGAACCUCCUGUUACUUGCUCUUCUCUCAAUCAAUAUUUUUAUUGCAUCUUCAAUUCCUACUUCAUUACCUACUGAUUUGUCAAUUGAUCUUUGAUAUUCUACUGCUGAACUUCCAAUUGAACUGCUGAACUUCCAAUUGAACUGCUGUGCUUCCAAUUGAACCAUCGAAUAACAUUUGUCUACUGCUUUUGUCCCCUUAAACAAACAACAAAAGCGAAAACAAAAAAAAUUUGGACGAACUUUUAAGCUUUAGUAAUUUUUUUUAUUUUAUUUAAUUUUUUUUUUUUUUU